CUCGUCUUUACUCUUUCAGUUUCAGCCAUACCCAGAAGGGAAAUUGGAAAGGUUCAUCUGUUCAGUCACAUUCAGUCAAAAGUACACCAUUUUUACUCACAGAACUUCCUCUUCUUCUUCCUCCUCCUCCAUUUUUACUGCAUCAAAGAUACUGCUUUUACCUCCAAAAUGGAGGACCAACAGCCGCCGGAGAUUCAUCUUAACGGAGUGGUACCUCCGUCCAUCACUUCCACAGAGAACCCAUCAACAAAGCGGCAGCGUCGACCCAGUGUCAGAUUGGGAGAUAUCGGAGACCAGGCUUAUGAUAAUCGAAGGUUGAAGCAAUGUAAGCCACCGAUAAAGGACUCCGGAAAGGGUUUGAGAGCUCGUCCUGUCGUCAAUUUGAGUGGCGGUAGCGGCGCCGUUGCAGGGGUAGAGUAUCAUGAAACCCUAGAAGGAGUUGAUAAAGAAGGGAAUUUGGAGAGCGUCGCUAUUGGGAGCUGGAAAGUGCGGGAUUCGAAGUCUAGACGCGGCGGUGGAUCUGCGAAACGAAUCCGGUCGAAUUGGUUGUUGAAGACUGAAGAGGCCGGAGGUGGGGAUGAGAAGAUUAGUGGUGGAGAUGAAGAUAUGGAAGAUGAGAGAUUUAGGGAUUUCAAUGCUGAAGAUUCUGAUAGUCGAUUGAAAGAACCCAGUCCGAUUAACUCUCUUGACAAUAAUAAUAAUAAUAAUAAUAUCGCCAUUGAUGCAGCAGACAGAGGUAGAAGAAGGGUUGUUGUUGUUCGAGGCUCCCAUGAAGAAGGUGUGGACAUGGAUGGAGGACCAUCUGAUAACGAUGGCAGAAAUUGGAAUCAGGAGGUGGAGGAGAGAAAUGGGGUGAAAGUGUGGCUGAACCAAUUAGGGUUAGGUCGAUAUGCACCAGUAUUCGAGAUACAUGAGGUAGAUGAUGAAGUUUUGCCAUUGUUGACAUUAGAAGAUCUUAAAGAUAUGGGGAUAAAUGCUGUUGGUUCUAGACGUAAAAUGUUCUGUGCUAUUCAGAAGCUAAACAGAGGAUUCUCAUGAGUAACAAAAAACUAAACUCUUCUCUUUCUAAUACAUCUCUGAACACCAUAUGUUUUGCUGAAUCAACUGUCUUUCUGACUUGCAAUAUUUUUGGGUUUGGAUCAUAAUUCCCAUAUAUAUGAGAAUUCAAGCUUAUUUGAUCUUAUUUC